UUGAUUUCUGAAGCCAUAUAUUCACGGGCACGCAUUGAGGAUAAUGAUUUAGUAGGUUAUGACUGGGAGCGAGCGUCAUGUUGGAAUAUUCAUCUGAAGAGGUUUUUGCUUUUACUCUCAUAUACUGUUAGGCACAUCAUAUUUUGUUUCUCUUACGCAGGUUACUAUUGCUCGUCUGUAUAAUUGGGAGGUUCACCAACACAGAUUGAGACAAGCUGCUACUGCUGCUCUUAAAGAUUCUAAGGGACGAUAUUUAGGCUUUGGUUACAAUUAGGCACGCUUCAAGAGGUUUUUGAGAUGGGAAAGCACAACAAACUAUUGUCCCAAGGUAGUGGGUCUAGUAGUCAUGCUAAAAAGACUAAGCACCACAAACUAUUGUUCCAAGGUAGUGGGUCUAAUAGUCAUGCUAAGAAGACUACAUCAACAUCCUUGUCUAGGAGGGUUGUUAAAGAAAAAAGGAUAGCAUCAACAUCUCUACCCCAUCGUGUUACAGAAAGGCCAACAAUGGCCCCAAGUUGGUCUCGUAGGCAUGCAACAUCUCAUUCUAAUGAAGCAUGUUCAGAUGCAACUCAUAGCAAUGAUGAUGCUGAUUCUAGUGACAUGGAGAGGGAUUCAGAGGUUGAAAGAUCAACUGAGAGAAAGGAUCAAGAGGAGGUAGAGCAAGAAAUUGAAGAAGAGCAAGAAAUUGAAGAACGUAAUUCUCCAGAAGACACUCUUGCAGCAAUACAAGCUACAAAUGCAUCUACAGAAGCUCCUAAGAAGAGGAUUGUAAGAAAGGAAACCAGAUGCUUGAAACUAGUGGGUAGGGAGGAGGGUGAUACCAACAAUAAUAUUAAAUGA